AACGCACCCAGAUACCCAUUGUGACAUCUUCCUCCUAAUUAAACAACAUUAUAAAGUUACAAACUCAUAUUUAUGUGCAUUUAACCACCCAAACUAAGUCUGGGUUUUGAAGAUUAUUUCCAUUCAUGUGUGUCACUUUUUAAACAAGAGGCCACUUCUGUCUAAUAAGCUUUAUGUGUAGUAUUUUUGACUCUUUAACUAAUUAUUAAGGAUGUUUGCUGGCAGUAUUAUCACGUCAAAUAAUCGAAAUAAUCAGCCACAUUUUAAAUUAGCAAUAUCGCUUUGCAGGAAAAUUAAACUCAAGCAUAUUUAGACGACCCAAAUAAAUUAGCCACGUGUUUCACAAAGUGUUGACACCUUUAUAUUUAUAAUAUAAAACCGCUCACAGGGCAGAAAAUAGUGAUCUUGUAAAAGAUUUGCAGUGUUUCUUUGCUGGGGUCAGGCUCUGAAAUUGAUCAUUCCUGCUGUUUUUGUGUGUAUGAAUUAUUCCAACAAUAAUUUUGGGAAGAGGGCUGAAUACAUGCAUGAGAUAAAAUGUGCUCAUGUUGGAUUUAUUUUGAAAAGGCUUUUCUUCUGGUGGAAUUUUGUACCAGGAGCUUAAUUGUGACAUUAAAACUCCAGCAACUUUGGUUCUGUGACCCCGACGGUUCACUUGAAGCAAUGAGGGCCUGAUCUCAAGUUGGAGAAAUACUGCAGUUAAUUAUUUUAACAUUUAUUUGAUUGCCUUUCUUUUUUUGUAAGCGGCAGUGAAAAGGUUAUGAAGCAUAUCUCAUGAGAAUGAAAACAUGCAUUAAAGCUGUGGGGCUUCGGUGGACCUGAUUACUGAUUAAAACUUGCGCGUAUAUUCUUCUUGUUCCAUCAUCAGCACCGGCACUGAUGUUCAUUGGUAAGAUUACAGACCUCAGAGGGCGAGGUAGGCCUUAAAGCCUACAGCGAGUCUAUAAAAGUGAGCUGACAGUUUUAAUUUAAACAAUAUAAAUGUUUUAAACAGGAUAACUUAAGAACAUCAGUGCGCAGACUGCGGAAAGUGCUUCCCAAACGGUGACCCCGUGUCAGGCUCAAUAAACGGAGGUUAAUGGUUUUAUUUCCCCCUUUUUUUAAUGCUGUGUCAUUCUAAAAUAUCAUGCAGAGGCCGUGAUUUUCCCCAUCAAUGUCCAUGUUUUCUACCAGGACACAAUUUGCAUCACCUUGCUCCAUCAGGCCUGUACAGUACACGCAGGACCCAGGCUGCACUGCGCCAAUAAGAGGCCACUUCUCUCCGGCACAAAGCCUCCAUUCAUUUGACUUUGCUUUGUCUCUGUGGGACACAUGACCCGAUCUGACCAUUCGGUACUCCUGUGAGGACACUGCUUCUGGUUUCUGCCUCACCAGUGGUUAUUUGCAAUGUCUAAAUAUGCGUGUGGGCGAAUAUCUGGAUUUGGUGUUGUGGUUUAAUGAAAAGUGGAGGAGAAGCGCAGUUUUGUUGAAAUACAUUUUGACGCAAAUAUCCUAAAAAUGCACUGCAGCAUUGCCAACUUCGUCAUGUUUAAAAUGUAUCUUAAUACUUAAUCGUAUUCUGCAUUCAUCCUUAAAUGUUUUAGGCCACUAGGCGUGUAGAUUUUUCAAAGUUGUGGUGACAAAUUCUUCCAAACUUCUUAAAGUAUCUGAGCAUGCGAAGACUUUUCCUGCAGCUGUGACAACAUCUGGCUAAAUUCUCCAUGUGAGUGUAAUUUACUCAACGACGUACCCAUCAAGAAGCUCAACCCUUUGAUCUGAUGCUGCUGCCCGAGGGCCUAUAUGCGAGCUAUACCUCGAGAGCCAUGAGCCCUGAGAGCGGCCUGCAUGGUUCCGCUCCACAGACCUCACCUUCCACAAGAUGUCGCCACCAGCAAGACCUUGAAACGGUGCCAAGUUAUGUUCGCACAAAGAGCCUGCAGGACAGGUUAAGAAUGAAGCGAAACCACUCACCCCGAGUGGAUUAAUCAUUGGUGAAAGCUGGUAAUGUUUGUUUUCAUCAACAAUAUUAGCGGCUGUUGAGUUACAGCCUCCUCCUGCUGGAAGCCUGCAGCAGGACUUUGUCCUCCAGAUGUGUGAGCGCAUUGUGCGGUGCAUCAUCCCGCCACUAGAUGCAGCUCGAGCACAGAAACACAGGCAUUUCUAUAUCCCCCCCUCUUUAUUUAUUUAUUUCUUUUUUCUGCUGGCCUACUUUUGACAUGCAUACAGAUUGGAUUAACUGCUCUUAUAGCGCAGCAGAGGAACAAAGUUUGACUCGUGAUUUGGUGACUUCGGGAGGAUGGGUGGACUCACAGUUUUAUCAUUUUUACUCAACUGCUGUAUUUCAGUUUUGCUGUUUUCCUGUAUAAAUGUAAGCUAUAAAAUAAGAAGUAUAACUUACUGAGCACUUGUGUAAAAGUGAAAUAACUAACAGCGGGAAACUUCUCUGAAGUGGAUGAAUUAUUGUGCAGAAAGGCGCACUGCUGUUAACAGAUGGCUGAGGGCUUUCAAACUGAUUGCCUCUUUAGAGAGCAAAGACAAAGACCUGCAGAGUCCAGCAGUCCCCCAACAACUGGAUCAGUCCUAAUGAGACAGAGAGAGAGAGGGAGGGACAGAGAGCGCAUCUAGUGAAGCUGAGGAGUCAGAGUCGCGGUGCAGCAGAGCUCAUGUCCUCUCGAUAGCGCACAAACUUUCCAGCCAUGCACUUCCGUCCACUUCUGUCUGGAUUCUUAUCUUUAUGUGAGUGAGAUGUUGCCAAAUGUGAUCAUUUUGAUGUGCAUCCUGGGUCUUCAGUUGCGGCACUGUGCGGCUGAUCUAUGCAACUGGACUGGAAGCGGUUUUGCAGCUGCUGUAGACUCCCGCAUUGUCCUCCAGGUGCGGCUGCGCUGCACAGAAGGCUCGGUGAGGUGGAUAUACCCAGGCCAGGCUCUCCGGGUGGUCCUGGAGCCCAACCUGUCCUCCGCCCGGCGCACCACCGUCUGCAUCAAACCCUCUCCCUCCUUCCGCGGAGCCAGCGUGUUCAUUGAACGGGCCGGGGAGCUGGAGCUGCUGGUGACGGAGGGCGCGAGGCCCGAGCAGCAGGUGUUCUGUUUCCGGGCAGACGGUCCGCACAGGCCCGCUAUCUACCUCCAGGCCAGCCCGCAGAGUGAUGGAGCCUGGAGCAGACGCACGAUGGGCUUCAGAUACGAGCUGCUGGGGAACUGGAGUGCUGCAUUCGUGGGCCACAGCGGGCUUCAGACUUCAUGCCGACCCUGCAAUGAUACAGAACUCCUCAUGGCCAUCUGCAACAGUGACUUUGUGGUCCGAGGCUGCAUCAAAAAUGUCACCCACAACUCUGAACGCCAGACGUCGUUGGUGGAGGUGGCAGCUGUGAGGGUGUACUGGCAGCGCAGUGGAGUGUUUGAGCAACAAGCGGCUGCCCCUGUGUCACCUCGGUCCGUCCCGUCUUGGCGUGGACACAUCCAUACGCUCCUGCAGUGCCACGUGAAGCCUGGGGACGGAGAGUUUCUCUUCACAGGGUCAGAACACUUUGGGGAAGCUUGGUUAGGGUGUGCCCCACGAUACAAAGACUUCCUGUCCGUCUACCAGACUGCCUGGGCAGCGCGUCGGAAUUCCUGUGACUUCCCUUUAGACUGAGGAAGUGUGUUGUUUUAGCACUAUACUGAGCCCGGCCAGUCUUUAUCCACAGGCCUCCUCACCCCUGGCACUGUGGGAGACCCUGUAAUGUUGUCAUGUGCCAGCAAGGUGGCAUCCAGCAUCACCAGCAGGGACGAAGCUAUUAAACUGCUGGUAGAAAACACAUUUGGAGGAGCAAAGCAGGGGCAAACAGCAGGGCCUCCUGCACUGAGGCUCAGAGAGGGCUGGCCUUUGUCUCCCUCCCAUCACUGCCUUCAGUCCUGGGAGACUGAGAAGGGGUUGGGUUGCUGCUUUCUCUUUGUGCUUCUCCCCACAUCAACCGUUGUUCACUUUACUGGCUCUGUGUGACAAUUGCCCCCUGAACUGAGGUGGGAGGGAAGGCUGAAGCGCAGCCAUUCAUUAUGCCCAGUUUGUCCAAGUGAAUAGGCUUAAACGUAUGAGUGAAGUUACUUUUAUUCAGAUUCAUCUGUGCUUAAAGGUGCAAUGUGUAAGACUUAGCCAGAAUUUUAGUUUAAAACAUUCAAAAACGGAACUAACAUUUUUAAGAAGAAGAAGUAACAGUAUAAUCAAAGACAUCUUUUAUUGUGUUGCAGAGAUAUCAGUGAAAUUAGCAUGCUAACCAGCUAGCCAUAGCCUGUCCUCUCUUGUAAUACCACUUGUAUCUCGAGAGGCGAUAAUGGGGCAAUGUAGCGUCCGGUCUGCUCUCAGUCCGAUAUGGGAGGACAGAAAAGUCAAGUCCAGUAUUAUGGUGCGUUCCAUUUGCACUGGGAAGGUGGAAUGUUUAAGUUCCCAGAUGGGAAGUUCAACUGGAAGUUCUCAAAAUCCAAGAUGGCUAUUUGCACAUCAUCAGUAGUCUUCGUUGUGUCUCAUUAAAACAGUCAAUCACACUUUGCGAUCCAAAUAUAAUCGUCGACAUGUUGCCGUGGUGUUCGUAUGUGCAAAAGGCAGCGUAAUCCGUUUACUCUGCUACAACUGGUAUGUUAACAACAUCUUGAUGUCAUUCCCUGCUUCCACCUCCAGCUUCCAAGGUAAAUGGAACACAGCAGAGGUUUUUGUUGUUUUGAGAUACCUGCAAUCUCUCCCAACAUAAAGUUCAACCAUCUUUCUAUAUCCUUAACUUCCUCCUUCGUAAUUGGAAAAGCCGUCUUUGGUCCCAUUUUGUUUGCUCAGUGCAAUGUGUAUGUGGUCGACCCAUAGACCCAUAUAGAGAUGGACAACAUGACAACUCCCUAAAAGUGAAGCCAAAACAUUUCAAUCGCCCCCUGGUGGCUGGCUGCAGUGUAAGUCAUAGAUCCCGCUGCCUCCAUGGAGGUGGAUGGGACGUGGGUGAAACUAAAGAAUCAAAGUACAUGUACUGUAGAAUAGAUUUUUCCCAGAGAUGCUUUGUGUCAUUUCGGGCAGUUCUUAUCACGCUGAUGUUUGUUCAAGUGUUUGUUUUUCUGAUAAGUUUGAUUUUAAUUAGUUUUUGAUGCUAUAAAUAGAGGUUUUGAUGUCAUGAUUGACAGCUGUGUGAACCAGUCAAUGUGCUCACAAUCAAUGGUGUUGCUUACAACUGGUCAGCAGCCAGUGGCAUGAGAUUUUGGCUUCAUUUCUGUAAAGUGGGAGUAAGUGGAGGGGUGUUAUCAUUCUUUAUAUACAGUCUAUGGGUCGACCAAACAGUGUCUGCACAGUGAAAGCACAAACAGAUUUCACAGUUGCUACCCACAUCAACACAGCUGGGUGCCAGGAACAGCCCAGCCCACCAAGCCAGGCCCAGCUGGCCAGCAGGCUCACCCCUGUUUGGUCAAAGUCUGUACUCACUAUACAGGCAAGAGCAAGAAUAUGUCUCACUUCAGACAAUCUGACGUCAGGAGUCCCUGAUGCUGGUGUGGUUAGGUCAGCCACUUCAGGCCAGUGUGCAGCCAAGCUAAGCUAGCUACCAUUCGUAGCUCAUUCAAGUCUCUGAUCUUUAACUGUUGUCUCAGUCCAGGCAUUGAUCAAAGCCCACAUAUGUAGAGUCUCAAACAAUACAAGGUCUGAGGUCUGAAACCUAAAAUCUAUUGUUUUUAGGCAAACACUGUUGAAAACUGGAAAGACACUCGAUGCACAGACAGUGCAACUAAUGACAACAUAGACUGUACCGAAAAACAUUCAGGAUGGUGUCGAUAUAUUUGAUGUGGCUGUUUUCUUGCUACUAUGGACUAAGUUUGGUGUAUGUAGCCAGUCAUUACACACUGCACCUUUUAAGUUUCAAAUCCUCCUUGUUUUGUCUAUUUAUGUGUUGUGCUCUGUACAUUACCUUUUACUUAAGGAUUAUUGUCUUUAUAAUGCAAAAU